AUGAUCUCUCUCCAAAAUAUGGAGUCCACAGCAGUGUCGGGUAAACGGUCUGCUGAUGACGACUCCUCACACGAUAUACGAUCUAGCAACAAGAAGUUCAAGCGAGUCGUGGACCAUGACUUCAGCUCCAAAAUGCAGAUAAAUUUUGUCAAUUCGGCAUUGACUCAGUUGGAUCGCAAUGACCCAAGUUCUAUCGAGAAUUUGGUCGAGAAGCUGAACCUGCCAGAAUCGCACCCGGAAUCAUACUCCAUACCGCAUUUGACCAUGGUGCUUAAUUAUCUCAGCAAUGAGAUGUCAAGACUAGACAAUAGACAUUGCACUGAGCUGAUAAACGCUGUGCUAAGACUUGAUUGGUCACAGCAUCUUACAGAGGGUAGGUAUGUUCAGGCGUACUCCAACUUUUGCAAAGUGCUCGUUUCAAGCAUCCCCAAGUGGAGUGGGAGUGUUUUCCAGAAGAUAGUCUCGGAGUUCACGAGAUUUUCCCAGUUAUCUAUACAUCAUGGUUUGAUCAAGUUUUUGUUGAAAAUCGUGCCUACAGGAACAAGCAUUUUGCUGGAGAAGUUGCAGAGGUCCUUUCCAAACAGGUACAUGGACAAAUCGCAGCUCGUGAACUACGUGGAAAACUUGCUUUGUGUCAUAGACUACUCACCCGAGUUAAACUAUCAGAUCUGGUGUUUGAUAGUGGAAAAUUGCAUCAAGAUGGAUGUUGAGCUCCAGAACGAGCUGGAUGACCUCGACGAGGACGAAGAGAUUGAGACCAACGAUCAGGUAUCAAAUUUCACUGCCAAGUUGGACUCGCUAAUGCUAAUACUACUGGAACGGUUCGAGACCGAACAGGACGAAAAACUGAGGAAUUUCCAGAAUCUGAUGACGGUUUUCAAGUCGCAUAUACUAUCCACACACUACACCAAAUGUAUCCAAUACUUGCUCUUCCACCUAUCACAGCAAAACAACGAGAUGAUCGACUCAUUUCUGGCGAUGCUAUUGGAUACUACCUUCAACCCGAGGGAGGUGAUUUCGAACAGAAUCAAGUCGAUCCAGUACGUUUCUUCGUACGUUGCACGUUCCGCCAAGGUCACCACCGCACAGAUCAUGUUUGUCCUGGAUUAUUUGAUGGAAUGGCUGGAACAGUUUGUUGCUGAGAGAGAAUCUGAAAUAGAGGCCAAUACCAUCUCUCUGACCAACUUCAAGCUUUUCUACUGUGUUUUUCAGACUGUUCUGUACAUCUUUUGCUUCAGAUGCGAGGCCCUAAUGGAGACCAACGUCAACUGGACUAGAUUCUUCCAGAGAAUGGUGGUUUCCAAAUUCAACCCACUGAGAUACUGUAACGAGACGGUGGUGCUGAUUUUCGCUAGAAUUGCCCAGAAGCACGACGUGUGCUACUGCUUUUCUGUGAUCGAGCAGAACAAACGGUCUCGCCUGUCUGGUGAAAACUCACUGGUGGGAUUAGACAGCGAGUUCACGGAUCUGGAAUCCUUCUUCCCCUUUGAUCCGCUGAUCCUCAAAAGCUGCCAGAAAAAAAUCAAGAGCCUGUACAUCGAUUGGACAGACGACAGCGAGGGAGACGACGACAGUGACGACAGUAACGACGACGAUGAUUCCGAGGACGAUACGGCGAGUGAAAACGAGAGCGACGAUGAUGACGCAUCAUCUGACUCAGAAUAA